CGUGCCACAACGAAUAACGAUCUCAAAUCGACAACAUCAUCUGAAAAAAAAAAAGUCUAUUAAAUUGUUCAAUCAAUUAACUAAUUAAUAAAAAAAUUUUACUACGAAAAUUUUGCAAACGAAAACGAACGAAAAUUACUAAAAGAAAUUGUUGUAUUUUUUUUUUUUUUUUUGAAAAAAUUAUUUAACUAAUAUUUAUAAAGAUAGAAAAAAAAAAUUUAUUUAUAUUUAUUUAAAUAUAUUUUAUAUUAAUAAAAAAGUGUGUUAAAAAAUUUUUAUGUGAGUGGAUUGAAAAGAGAAAAUUGUGAUAAAUAUAUAAAUUUAAUUUUUAGAAUUUUUUUAAAUUGAUAAAGUUUGAGUUAAAUAAUUGAAAAAUGGUAUUGAAUAAAAAAGGUGGUCGAGUUAAGAAGAGAAGUACAGAAAAUAUUGUAUCAUCAAAUGAAGAAACUGGUACAACAAAAACAUCAUCAUCAGAAACAAUAGUAACAUCAUCAAAAUUUGUACAAGAAGCAAGUACAAGUGGUGAAAUAGAAACUCAUUCAAAUACAAUGGAAACAACAAGUGGUAGCCGUGAAAUGAUAAUGGAUUCAAAAGGUAAUAUUAUUAAAAUAAUUGAAAGUGAACCAAAAAUAUUACGUCAAAGUGAUUUAAAAAAACGUGAAAAAAUUUUAUCUGAUAAAUUAAUAAAUGAUGAAAAAACACAAGCAUUAAUGAAUGUAACAUCAAUUUGUGAUAAUAAAAAAGAUAAUAUUGGUCAAUUGAUUAAUAGUAAAAAUAAUAAUAUGGAAAAAACAUCUGAGAGUCAUUCAACUUCAUCAAAAUCAAUUGUACAAUCAUCAACAUCUUCAUCAUCGUCAUCAUCAACAGUUAAAGAGUCAUCAUCAUCAUGGAAAGAUGGUAAAAUGAUUGACAAUGAUAAACCAACAAUAAAAACAUCAUCAACAUCAUCUGAAAAUUAUCAAUCAAGUAAAUCAAUGUCCGAGGGAAUUUUAAAAGAUGGUAAAAUGUAUAUUGAUACUGUUAAUAUUGAUGAAACUAAAAAUCGUACUGAUGUAGAUGGUAAUGUUGUUACAAGUCGUGGUAAAAAUAUUUAUACUGAUAGUAAAGUUGAAGAUUUUAAUAAAUAUAAAUGUAUUAAUGAUGAUAAUGAUAAUAAUCAUGAAAAAUGUGUACCAUUAUUAAAACCUGGACAAUCAACAUGGGAUGGUAAAUUUAUUUAUGAAAAACAAGAUAAAAAAAUAGCUAAUCAAAAUACAAUUAUAAAAAGUGAUACAGAAAAUAUAAAAAAUUCAACAGAUUGUAAUAUUAAAACUAGCAGUAAUAUUAAAAAAAUAAUUCCAUCAUCAUCAUCAAUGGAUUCAAAUGACGAGACUGAUUAUCAUUGUGUUACAACAACAAGAUAUGUUAGACCAGGUGAUUCAACAUGGGACGGUGAAUUUAUAACAAAUAAAAAUAUAAAAAAACAAGUAAAUAAUAAAUUUGAUAAACAUCAUGAUAAUGUUGAAAUUCAUGAUAUAAGUGAAGAUCAUGGAAGUGUUGAAUCAUCUACAUAUAUUGUUGAGUAUAAAGAUACAAAUGAUGGUAAUAUUAGAACUGAAAAAAUAACAACAAUAACAUCAGAUAUACCAGAAGAUGAUAUAAUAACAGUACCAAGAAAUACAAGUACACCAAAACGUUUGGAUAAUUCAAGAUAUGAUAAACCAGGUCAAUCAACAUGGGAUGGACAUUUUGUUAAUGAAAAACCAAUUGAUGUAAGUGGUAAACCACCAAAAUAUCCAAUAAUAUCAAAACGUUUAUCAGAUAAAAAUAUUAGCAAUAAAACAAUGAUUGAUAUUCAUGAUGUUACUGAUGAUUAUACAAUUAAUGAUGCUGAUAUAUCAACAACGUCAUAUGUCGUUGAAACAUCAGCAAGUGAAACAAGUUUUACUGAUAAAAAAGAUUCAAGAUCAACGUCAUUGACUAAAGAAAUAAAUAUACCAAUAUCACAUGAUAAAAUUGAUACUAUUAAAAGACCAAGAGUUAGUGAUACAACAUUGGAUAUUAGUGAGUAUGAUGAUUCAUCUGAUGUGAUAAAAGAAUCAUUUGUUAUUGAACAAUCACGUGUACAUGAAAGUUAUCAUGAUUCAUUGAAUAAUGAUUUAUCAAGUACAUCUGUUGAGACAAUAAUUAUUGUUGAUGGUAAACCAGUUAGUAAAAUAAUUGAUUACAGUGUUGAAUCACCAAAUUCAACAAUUAAAAAAAUUUCAACAAGAAUUAUACAAAAAGAUAAUGAAAUAACUGAAAUUGAUAGAAAUAAAAAAUCUGAUGAACGUGUUGGAAGACCAACAAAACCAGGUUCAUCAACUUGGGAUGGUUCUUUCACAUAUGAACAGCCUAAAAAACCAUCAGUUAAUGAGAUGAGACCUCAAGAUGUAACAACAACACAAAAAUAUAUAAAUGUUGAAAAAGACACAAAAAUUCAUUCAGAUACAAAUAAAAGAAGCUCAAUUCAUCUUGAUUUUUCAGAUAGAACUGAUAGUACAUUACAUACAGAUAGAUAUUCACCUGAUAAAUUAUCUCAACAGCCAGAAGAUAGAACAGCUCGUCCAACAAAACCAGGCUCAUCAACUUGGGAUGGUUCUUUUACUGUUGAAAAGCCACAAGAGCCAAUCAAGUCUCCAAGUGAUAAAAAUAAACCAACAAAAUCACCAGUUGAUGAUGAUAAAAAGCCAAAAUAUCCAUCAACUCGUAUGACAUCAUCAGAAAAAUUAAUAUCAGUUGAGAGAGAUUCAAAUGUAUCAGAUGUGACAAGUAAAACAACAAUAAAUAUUAAUGUUUUUGAUAAAAAUGAUAAACCAAGUCAACCAGAUAGAUCAUCUGUUGGUAGACGACCACAAAGUCCAGAUAAAAAUCUAGCUGAUCGUACAAUACGACCAACGAAACCAGGUUCAUCAACUUGGGAUGGCUCAUUUACUUAUGAAAAGCCUGAGCCACUGCCAAGGUCAACUACACAAAAUCAGCCUAUAGAUAAAUUACCUCGUGAUGCUCCAAAAUAUCCUGGUGAUUUGACUAAACGUGUUAAUGAUAACAACUCAGUUUCAACUACUGAUAAUUAUUCUACUACUGUUACUAAAUUUGUGAAAGUAAAUUCAUCUUCUACUUUGGAUUCAACGAAAUCUAAUGUUUCAAAUAUUAAAAGUACACUUGUGCAUGAUAUUCACGAUGUUCAACGACCACUUGGACCAGGAAAAAAACCAGAGGAUAGUAAUGUACAUCCAGAUAGUUUAGAUAAAGGUCCUCGUAGUCCAACUGAUAAAUCUAUGCGACCAACAAAACCUGGAUCUUCAACUUGGGAUGGUUCUUUUACUUAUGAAAAACCACAACAACCAAAAAAAUCUGAUACACCAAAAUAUCCAUCAGAUAAAAUUACCCGUGACACUCCAACAAAACCUGGUGAUGUUGACAGACGUCCAAAUGAUAAGACAACUAUUUCUAGCAAUGACCAGACAACGGAUAAAUAUUCAACAAGUGUAUCUAAAUUUGUAACAGUAGAAAAAUCUUCAACUAUAGAUUCUGAUGUUUCAAAUGAAACUAGUACACUUGUGUAUGACGUUUCUGAUGUAGAAAAACCCCUGGGGCCUGGAAAGAAACCAGAAAAUUUAAAAAAUAGACCACAGAGCCCAGAAGACAGAACAGCUCGUCCAACAAAACCAGGUUCAUCAACUUGGGAUGGUUCUUUUACUGUUGAAAAGCCACAAGAGCCAAACAAGUCUCCAGGUGAUAAAAAUAAACCAACAAAAUCACCAGUUGAUGAUGAUAAAAAGCCAAAAUAUCCAUCAAGUCGUAUGACAUCAUCAGAAAAAUUAAUAUCAGUUGAGAGAGAUUCAAAUGUAUCAGAUGUGACAAGUAAAACAACAAUAAAUAUUAAUGUUUUUGAUAAAAAUGAUAAACCAAGUCAACCAGAUAGAUCAUCUGUUGAUAGACGACCACAAAGUCCAGAUAAAAAUCCAGCUGAUCGUACAGUACGACCAACAAAGCCAGGGUCAUCAACUUGGGAUGGUUCUUUUACUAAUGAAAAGCCACAACAACCGAAAAAGUUUGAUACACCAAAAUAUCCAUCAGAUAAAAUUACCCGUGACACUCCAACAAAACCUGGUGAUGUUGACAGACGUCCAAAUGAUAAGCCAACUAUUUCUAGCAUCGACCAGACAACAGAUAAAUAUUCAACAAGUGUAUCUAAAUUUGUAACAGUCGAAAAAUCUUCAACUAUAGAUUCUGAUGUUUCAAAUGAAACUAGUACACUUGUGUAUGACGUUUCUGAUGUAAAAAAACCCCUGGGGCCAGGUAAGAAACCAGAAAAUUUAAUAAAUAGACCACAAAGUCCGGUAAAAUCACCUCAAGGCAUAGAGAAAGUGCCAUCAAGUCCAGUAGACAGAUCAGCACGCCCUACAAAACCAGGCUCGUCAACUUGGGACGGUUCUUUCACUUAUGAAAAGCCACAACAACAAAAAAAACCUGACACGCCAAAAAAACCAUCUGAUAAAUAUCCUCGUGAUACUUUUUCAAAGCCAAGUGAUGUUAAGCAUCCAAGGGAUAAUUAUCCAGUUUCUAAAACUGAUGAUUAUUCGACAACUGUUACAAAAGUAAUUACUAUUGAAACUUCAGAUGAUCAAAAUAUCACGAGUACACUUGUACAUGACAUCACAGAUGUUAAAAAACCCUUGGGACCAGGAAAAAAACCAGAAACAAUUACAAAACGACCACAGAGUCCUGAAAAAGUUCCUCGCAGUCCAACUGCUAAAUCUAUGCGUCCAACAAAACCAGGUUCAUCAACUUGGGAUGGUUCUUUUACUGUUGAAAAGCCACAAGAGCCAAUCAAGUCUCCAAGUGAUAAAAAUAAACCAACAAAAUCACCAGUUGAUGAUGAUAAAAAGCCAAAAUAUCCAUCAACUCGUAUGACAUCAUCAGAAAAAUUAAUAUCAGUUGAGAGGGAUUCAAAUGUGUCAGAUGUGGCAAGUAAAACAACAAUAAAUAUUAAUGUUUUUGAUAAAAAUGAUAAACCAAGUCAACCAGAUAGAUCAUCUGUUGAUAGACGACCACAAAGUCCAGAUAAAAAUCCAGCUGAUCGUACAGUACGACCAACAAAGCCAGGUUCAUCAACUUGGGAUGGCUCAUUUACUAAUGAAAAACCACAACAACCUAAACAAUCUGAUACACCAAAAUAUCCAUCAGAUAAAAUUACCCGUGACACUCCAAAAAAACCUGGUGAUGUUGACAGACGUCCAGAUGAUAAAAAUCCUGUCUCUUUGACUAAUUUAACUACUGAUGAUUAUUCAACAACAAUAACAAAAAUUAUUAAUGAUGAUACAUCGUAUAUUAUUGAUUCUCAAAUAUCUGAUACAACAAACAUCACCAAUAAAACUGUGCACAAUGUAACACUCGUACAAACACCUGAAGAACCAGAAAAGAAACCAGAAAAUAUUAAAAAACAUCCAGAGGGUCCUUGUAGUCCAACUGAUAAAUCUAUGCGACCAACAAAACCUGGAUCAUCAACUUGGGAUGGUUCUUUUACUUAUGAAAAACCACAACAACCAAAAAAAUCUGAUACACCAAAAUAUCCAUCAGAUAAAAUUACCCGUGACACUCCAACAAAACCUGGUGAUGUUGACAGACGUCCAAAUGAUAAGCCAACUAUUUCUAGCAUCGAUCAGACAACAGAUAAUUAUUCAACAACAAUUACAAAAAAUAUAAAUAUUGAUACAUCAUCAACUGUUGAUUUUAAAACAUCUGAUACAUCAAAUGUUGUCAUUACAACAUCAGUUAAUGAUAUUACAGACGUUAAAAAACCAUUGCAACCUGGUAAAAAGCCAGAAAAUUUAAAAAAUAGACCUCAAAGUCCAAGCAAAUCAUCAAGAGGACCUGAAAAAUCACCUCAAAGUCCAACUGAUAAAUCUAUGCGUCCAACAAAACCUGGAUCUUCAACAUGGGAUGGUUCUUUUACAUAUGAAAAACCACAACAACAAAAAAAAUCACCAGAAGAACCAGUCAACAAAUCAGUUAAACCAAUUGACCGAAAACCAAAAAAACCAACAGAUUUAAAACCAGUACCAUCUGAUUCAACUGUUCGUAAUAUUAUUAAAGACAAUGUUUUUGAUACAACAUUUGUAACUGAAGUUGUUGAACAAUCAUUUGUCAUUGAUAAAUCAUCCAGUUUUACUGAUAUCAUUCUUGAUAAUUAUACAAGUGAAUUCAAGGACACUCGUGAUGUGAGAGAUGUUAUCGAGACAACAACAAAAGAAUUUAUUACCAAUGAACAGGUGACUAGUAUGGUGACGCAAGAUGUCACUGAUAAAACAAUUAUUGAAAAAAUUGAAUUACCAAAAGGACCAAAUGAUUCUUCAUCAAAAAAACCAUCAUCACAAAAACCACGUGAUGAAAAACAAAAAUCAAUUCCAGCUGCUGGUAAACCAAGUCGUCCACAACAAACAAAUGAGCCUAAAAAAAUUACAAAUAAUCGUCCAAAAUCACCGGAAAAAAUACAAGAUAACGUGAUACCAGAAAAAUUAAUUAAAAAACCAAAUGAACGUUCAGUAUCACCAGAAAAAAAUAGACCAGCUGCUGGUAAACCAAGUAGAAUACCUGAACGUCCUGAUAAGAAAAAAACAACAGAAAAAAAUGAUAAAAAACCAAAACAAAAUGAUCAAUCACCUGAUUCACCUGAUGAUGCUCCUGAUAAAUCAUUACCUGUUGAUGUAAUUAAAAAUAUUCCACCAAAAGAACAAUGUAUUUGUGAGCUUUGUACUUGUGGACGUCAUCGUUGUCCUCACAAUGAACCAGAAGAACACUUGGAUAUACCUCAUGAGCCAUUGAUGGGAGUGUCAUCAUAUCGCUCAGAAUAUGAUGAAAAACAUGUUGAUCGUCGAACAAAUUAUUAUCAUGAAGAUCAUCUACAUGUUGAAGGUGAUUUUACUGGUGAACGUCGUACUGAUUAUACUGUAACAAUUGGUGAUCGUGCACCAGUUAAAAAACCACAAGAUAAUUUAUAUCCUGAGGGUGAAAUUGAUACUGUAACAACAAGUGAAUUAGUUUUUACUGGAAAACCUGGUGAACGUCCAACUCCACAUCGUCGAAAUACAUAUACUAAAGUUGAAGGUGAUUUUAUCGAUGUAACAACAUCAAAAACAGAAUUUAUCGAUCAUCAUAGUAUUACAAAAAAGGAGAUUUUAGACCAGCUGAAAUUUUUUCUAAAUUAUUAAAAGCUAUUAAAUUUUAUUAAUUUAUGUUUUAAUUAUCAGGGAACUUCUCACACAAAAGAAGACUUCCAUACGUACGAUAUCACAGAAUUAGAUCGACCGACUUAUCGUCAACCAUCGAUAGAUCAAACUGAUCGAUUUUACAGUCAAACAGAUGUUACUAAAAAUGAAACAACAACACACAAAGAAUAUACACAAUUUGAUAAAUCAGAUUAUCAACAAACAACAAUUGUACAAAGAGAGGAUAACUUGAAAACUGAGGGACCAUUUGAGGGUCGUCCCAAGGAUGAUUAUACACCAAAAAGUAUUGAACGUCCAAAAGCAAUUCGUCCAAAAGAUAAUUUAAAACCAGAGGGAGUAUUUGAGGGUAAACCUAGGGAUGAUUUUAAACCAACAACUGGUGAUAGAGCUGAUGUUAAAAAGCCAAAAGAUAAUUUAAAAUCUGAUGGGCCUUUUGAAGGACGUCCUAAAGACAAGUAUACACCUGGUGAACGUAGAAGUCCUAUAAGACAUCCAGAUAAUUUACAUCCAGAAGGUGACUUUGAACGACCAGAACAUGAAAAGUUUAGACCAGCUGAAAGACCUGUAGUUAAAAAGCCUGAAGACAAUCUUAAGCCUGAGGGUGAGUUUGAGCGUCCUCAACAAAAACCUGUAGGUCCAAGUGAACGUAGAAGUCCAAUAAAACAUCCAGAUAAUUUAAAAACAGAAGGUGAAUUCGAGAGACCUGAGCAUGAGGCAUUUAGACCAGCUGAAAGACCAGUUGUUAAAAAACCACAAGAUAAUUUAAAACCUGAGGGUGAUUUUGUACGUCCACAACAAAAACCAGUUGGUCCAAGUGAACGUAGAACUCCAAUUAAACACCAGGAUAAUUUAAAACCUGAAGGGGACUUUGAGCGACCAGAACAUGAAGAAUUUAGACCAGCUGAAAGACCAGUUGUUAAAAAACCUAAAGAUAAUCUUAAACCAGAAGGUGAGUUUGAACGUCCACAGAAAAAACCAGUUGGUCCUAGUGAACGUCGUUCACCAAUUAAACAUGAAGAUAAUUUAAAACCUGAAGGAGAUUUCGAACGACCAGAACAUGAAAAAUUCAGACCAGCUGAACGACCAGUUGUUAAAAAGCCCAAGGACAAUCUCAAGCCUGAAGGUGAUUUUGAGCGACCUGUAAAAAAACCUGUUGGUCCAGGUGAACGUGCAUCAAUUGUAAAACAUCCAGACAAUUUAUUCCCAGAAGGAGAAUUUCCAAAUCGUGAAGAAAAACCAUUUAAACCAGCUGAAAGACGUUCACCUAUUAAACAUUUAGAUAAUCUAAAACCUGAAGGUGAUUUUGAGCGUCCAGAUAAAAAACCUGUUGGUCCUAGUGAACGUCGAACUCCUAUAAAACACCCUGAUAAUUUAAAACCAGAAGGUGAUUUUGAACGUCCAGAGCAUGAAGAAUUUAGACCAGCUGAAAGACCAGUUGCUAAAAAGCCAAAGGAUAAUCUUAAAUCUGAAGGUGAUUUCGAGCGACCACAUAAACAGCCAGUGGGUCCAAGUGAACGUAGAAGUCCAAUAAAACAUCCAGAUAAUUUAAAACCUGAAGGUGAUUUUGAACGUCCUGAAGUAAUUCCAUAUGGACCAGGUGAACGUGCACCUAUUGUCAAACAUCCAGACAAUCUUUAUCCUGAAGGUGAUUUUCAAGAUCGUGAACAAAAGCCAUUUAAACCUGCUGAAAUAAGAACACCAAUUAAACAUGCAGAUAAUUUGAAACCUGAAGGUGAUUUUAUACGACCAGAACAUAAAGAAUUUAAACCAGCUGAGAGACCAGUAGCCAAAAAGCCACAAGACAAUUUGAAACCUGAGGGUGAGUUUGAACGUCCACAAAAUAAACCAGUAGGUCCAAGUGAACGUAGAAGUCCAAUAAAACAUCAAGAUAAUUUGAAGCCUGAGGGUGAUUUCGUACGACCUGAGCAUGAAGCUUUUAGACCAGCAGAAAGGCCAAUUGUUAAGAAACCAAAAGACAAUUUAAAACCUGAAGGAGACUUUGAACGUCCUGUGAAAAAACCAGUUGGUCCCAGUGAACGUCGUUCACCAAUAAAACAUGAAGAUAAUUUAAAACCCGAAGGUGAUUUUGAGAGACCAGAUCAUGAAGAAUUUCGUCCAUCUGAAAAAGUUGUUGUCAAAAAACCAAAAGAUAAUCUUAAACCUGAAGGAGAGUUUGAGAGACCACACAAAAAACCAGUUGGUCCAAGUGAGCGCCGUUCACCAAUUAAACAUGACGAUAAUUUAAAACCAGAAGGUGAUUUUGUACGUCCAGAGAAAAAACCUGUGGGUCCAAGUGAACGUAGAACUCCAAUAAAACAUGAAGAUAAUUUAAAACCUGAGGGUGAUUUUGAGAGACCUGAACAAGAAGAAUUUAGACCAGCAGAAAGACCAAUUGUUAAAAAACCCAAGGAUAAUUUAAAACCUGAAGGAGACUUUGUACGUCCUGUGAAAAAAACAGUUGGCCCAAGUGAACGUAGAACUCCAAUUAAACACCAGGAUAAUUUGAAACCUGAAGGAGACUUUGAGCGACCGGAACAUGAAGAAUUUAGACCAGCUGAAAGACGCGUAGUUGUUAAACCACAAGACAACCUGACAACUGAGGGUGAAAUUGAAACAUAUAGAUCGAGAGAUGACUAUACUGAUUUUGUCCAUCGUGAACGAGUUGAAAUUACAAAAUAUCAAGAUAAUUUAUAUAUGGAAGGUGAAUUUAUUGACACAAGAACUCGAGAUGAUUUUAAAGUUGUUCGAGGUGAACGUGUUGAUAUUAUACGUCACCCAGAUAAUUUAAAACCAGAAGGAGAAUUCGAACGUCCGCAACAUAAACCAGUUGGUCCUGCUGAACGUCGUACACCUAUUAAACAUCCUGAUAAUUUAAAAACAGAAGGUGAAUUUGAGAGACCUGAGCAUGAAGCAUUUAGACCUGCAGAAAGGCCAAUUGUUAAAAAACCCAAGGAUAAUUUAAAACCUGAGGGUGAGUUUGAACGUCCACAACAUAAACCAGUGGGUCCAAGUGAACGUCGUUCACCAAUUAAACAUCAAGAUAAUCUAAAACCAGAGGGUGAUUUCGAAAGACCGGAACAUGAGGCAUUUAGACCAGCAGAAAGACCAGUUGUUAAAAAGCCCAAAGAUAACUUGAAACCCGAGGGAGAGUUUGAACGUCCACAGAAAAAACCAGUUGGUCCAAGUGAACGUCGUUCACCAAUAAAACAUGAAGAUAACUUAAAACCUGAAGGUGAGUUUGAACGGCCAAAAGAAGUACAAUAUGGUCCUGGAGAGCGUGCACCGAUUGUCAAACAUCCUGACAAUUUAUAUCCUGAAGGUGACUUCCAAGAACGAGAACACAAACCGUUUAAACCAGCUGAAAAAAGAUCGCCCAUCAAGCACUCUGAUAAUUUGAGACCUGAAGGUGAUUUCGUGCGACCAGAGCAUACAGAAUUUAAACCAGCUGACAGACCAAUUGUCAAGAAACCUAAAGACAAUUUAAAACCAGAAGGUGAUUUUGAACGCCCACAACAAAAACCAGUAGGGCCAAGUGAACGUAGAAGUCCAAUAAAACAUCCAGAUAAUUUAAAAACAGAAGGUGAUUUCGUACGUCCAGAACAUGAAGAAUUUAGACCAGCUGAAAGACCAGUUGUUAAAAAACCACAAGAUAAUUUGAAGCCUGAAGGUGAUUUUGAACGUCCACAACAAAAACCCGUGGGACCAAGUGAACGUAGAAGUCCAAUAAAACAUCCAGAUAAUUUAAAAACAGAAGGUAAAUUCGAGAGACCUGAGCAUGAGGCAUUUAGACCAGCUGAAAGACCAAUUGUCAAGAAACCACAAGAUAAUUUAAAACCUGAGGGUGAUUUUGUACGCCCACAACAAAAACCAGUUGGCCCGAGUGAACGUAGAACUCCAAUUAAACACCAGGAUAAUUUAAAACCUGAAGGGGACUUUGAGCGACCAGAACAUGAAGAAUUUAGACCAGCUGAAAGACCAGUUGUUAAAAAACCUAAAGACAAUUUGAAACCAGAAGGUGAGUUUGAACGUCCACAACAAAAACCAGUUGGUCCUAGUGAACGUCGUUCACCAAUUAAACACCAGGAUAAUUUAAAACCUGAAGGGGACUUUGAACGACCAGAACAUGAAGAAUUUAAACCAGCUGAAAGACGUGUAGUUGUUAAACCACAAGACAACCUGACAACUGAAGGUGAAAUUGAAACAUAUAGAUCGAGAGAUGACUAUACUGACUUUGUCCAUCGUGAACGAGUUGAAAUUACAAAAUAUCAAGAUAAUUUAUAUAUGGAAGGUGAAUUUAUUGACACAAGAACUCGAGAUGAUUUUAAAGUUGUUCGAGGUGAACGUGUUGAUAUUAUACGUCAUCCAGAUAAUUUAAAACCAGAAGGAGAAUUUGAACGUCCACAACAUAAACCAGUUGGUCCUGCUGAACGUCGUACACCAAUAAAACAUCCUGAUAAUUUAAAAACAGAAGGUGAAUUCGAGAGACCUGGGCAUGAAGCAUUUAGACCUGCAGAAAGGCCAAUUGUUAAAAAACCCAAGGAUAAUUUAAAACCUGAGGGUGACUUUGAACGUCCACAACAUAAACCAGUAGGUCCAAGUGAACGUCGUUCACCAAUUAAACAUCAAGAUAAUCUAAAACCAGAGGGUGAUUUCGAAAGACCGGAACAUGAGGCAUUUAGACCAGCAGAAAGACCAGUUGUUAAAAAGCCCAAAGAUAACUUGAAACCAGAGGGAGAGUUUGAACGUCCACAGAAAAAACCAGUUGGUCCAAGUGAACGUCGUUCACCAAUAAAACAUGAAGAUAACUUAAAACCUGAAGGUGAGUUUGAACGGCCAAAAGAAGUACAAUAUGGUCCUGGAGAGCGUGCACCGAUUGUCAAACAUCCUGACAAUUUAUAUCCUGAAGGAGACUUCCAAGAACGAGAACACGCACCAUUUAAACCAGCUGAAAGAAGAUCACCCAUCAAGCACUCUGACAAUUUAAGACCUGAAGGUGAUUUUGUGAGACCAGAGCAUACAGAAUUUAAACCAGCAGAAAGGCCAAUUGUCAUUAAACCAAAAGACAAUCUUAAGCCCGAGGGUGACUUCCAACGUCCACAACAAAAACCAGUUGGUCCAAGUGAACGUAGAAAUCCAAUAAAACAUCAAGAUAACUUGAGACCUGAAGGUGAUUUUGUACGUCCUGAACAUGAAGAAUUUAAACCAGCUGAGAGACCAGUAGCUAAAAAGCCACAAGAUAAUUUAAAACCUGAAGGUGACUUUGAACGUCCAGAAAAGAAAAAACCAACUGGCCCAGCAGAACGUAGAAGUCCUAUUAAACAUGCUGACAAUUUGAAGCCUGAAGGAGAUUUCGUCAGAAAACCACAAGAACAAGCACCGAAAAAAGGUGAUAGAGCUGAUAUUAAAAGACCAAAAGAUAAUCUUAAACCUGAGGGUGACUUUGAACGUCCACAAAAGAAACCAGCGGGUCCUGGCGAACGUAGAACUCCAAUUAAACACCAAGAUAAUUUAAAAACAGAAGGUGAUUUUGUUAGACCAGAACAUGAAGAAUUUAGACCAGCUGAAAGACCUGUUGUUGUCAAACCACACGAUAAUUUGACAACUGAGGGUGAGUUUGAAGUUUAUAGAUCUCGUGAUGACUAUAGUAAUAUUCUUCAUCGUGAACGUGUAGAAAUUAAAAAAUACGAAGAUAAUUUACAUAUGGAGGGUGAGUUUAUUGACACAAGAACACGAGAUGAUUUUAAAAUUGUUAGAGGUGAACGUGCUGAUAUUGUACGUCAUCCAGAUAAUUUAAAACCAGAAGGAGAAUUUGAAAGACCUACUUGUAAAUCUGUUGGUCCAGCUGAACGUCGUCAGCCAAUAAAACAUCCUGAUAAUUUAAAACCUGAAGGUGAAUUUGUGAAAAAACCAAAAGAAGAAGCACCAAAGAAAGGUGAUCGUGCUGAUAUUAAAAAGCCUAAAGAUAAUCUUAAAACUGAGGGCAAAUUUGAACGUCCAGAAAAGUCACCUGUUGGUCCUGGUGAAAGAAGAUCACCAAUAAAACAUCCAGAUAAUUUAAGAACAGAAGGUGAUUUUGUACGUCCAGAACAUGAAGAAUUUAGACCAGCUGAAAGACCAGUUGUUAAAAAACCUAAAGACAAUCUUAAACCAGAAGGUGAUUUUGAACGUCCACAAAAUAAACCAGUUGGUCCUAGUGAACGUCGUUCACCAAUAAAACACGAGGAUAAUCUUCAUCCAGAAGGUGAUUUUGUUGGUCGUCCAAAGGAUGAUUAUUCACCUAAGAAAACUGAGCGUCCAGUUCAAAAGAAACCCAAGGAUAAUUUAAAACCCGAAGGAACAUUUGAAGGUCGUCCAAAGAAUGACUACAAACCUACACGAGGUGAACGAUCAGAAAUUGUUGUACAUCGUGACAAUUUAAAAAUGGAAGGAGACUUUGAUACUUAUCGAUCACGAGAUGAUUAUCGUACAGUUAAAAAUAUUGAACGUGUGGAUAUAAUAAAAACAGAAGACAAUUUAAGAAUUGAGGGUGAAUUUAUUGACAUUCGUCGUCGUGAUGAUUACAACAUUACUCGUGGUGAACGUACAGAAAUUGUGAGACACGAAGAUAAUAUUCAUCUUGAAGGUGACUUUGAACGUCCAACAUGUUCACCAGUUGGACCUGCUGAAAGAAGACAACCAAUAAGACAUCCAGAUAAUUUAAAACCUGAAGGUGAAUUUGUUCGUCCAGAACAAAAAGGUUUUCAUCCAGCAGAAAAACCAAUUGUUAAAAAACCAAAAGAUAAUCUUAAACCAGAAGGUGAUUUUGAACGUCCUGAUAAAAAAUCAGUUGGUCCUGGUGAACGUAGAUCUCCAAUAAAACAUCCGGAUAAUUUAAAACCUGAAGGUGAUUUUAUUGGUCGACCAAGACCUGAGACUCCAAAACGUGGUGAUCGUGCUGAUGUUAAAAAACCAAAAGAUAAUCUUCAUCCUGAGGGUGACUUUGAGCGUUAUAGUCCUGACAGACAUGGACCUGGUGAACGUAGAACACCAAUAAAACAUCCAGAUAAUUUGAGACCUGAGGGUGAUUUUGAAAAACGUUCACCAACUAAUGUUGGACCAGCUGAACGAAGAACUCCAAUUCGUCAUGAAGAUAAUUUACGACCAGAAGGUGACAUGCAAGUUAGUCCAACAUCUCGUGAUGAUUAUCGAAGAGUUACAAAUGACAAUAAAAUUGAAAUUAAACGUCAUGAGGAUAAUUUACGAAUGGAAGGAGAAAUUGAAAUUCAUCGUAGUCGUGAUGACUAUAAAAAAGUCACUAAAAUUGAAAGAAUUGAUAUUAAAAAAAGAGAAGAUAAUCUCAGAGUUGAGGGUGAUUUUGUUGAUAUACAAAGAAGAAAUGAUUAUACUUAUGUUAUUGGUGAAAGAUCAACAGUUAAAAAACAUCCAGAUAAUUUACGUCCUGAGGGUGAAUUUGAUAGACCUGAAAGAAGACCAAUUGGACCAGGUGAAAGAAGAUCACCAAUAAAACACGAUGAUAAUCUUCGACCAGAGGGUGAUUUUAUUGGUCGUCCUAAGAAUGAUUAUGGUCCAGGAAAAAUUGAUAAAACUGAAAUUGUAAAACGUGAAGAUAAUUUAAAAAUAAGUGGUGAUUUUUAUGGUAGUAGUUCACAAAAAUCAACUCAUACAAUUGUCAAAGGUGAAAGAGCUGAAAUAAAAAGACAUGAGGAUAAUUUAAAAAUAAGUACUGAUAGUUUAGAUACAAGAACAACAAGUAAUGAUUCAUAUUCACCAAGUAAAAGAGAUUCACAUUCAACUGGUGGACCAAUAAAUAAACGUCGUCAUACUGAAUCAACAAUAUCUCUUGGUGAUGAUAAUAAUACAAAUCAAAGAAAUUAUAAUACAUAUACUAAAAAAUCAUCAAAAGAUAUUGUACAAAAUGAAAAUAAAAAAUACAUAACAUCAGAUAAAAAAAUAUUAAAUGAUGGUACAAUUGUAUCAACAACAAAAACAGCAACAACAAGUGGUCAACGUAUAUCAACUGCAAAUCAAGCAUAUAAUCAACAUCAUACAACACAUUCACAAAUCAUUGAAAGUAAUGAUAGAAGAUCAAUGUCACCAAGAAAUUCAAUUCAAUCAAUACCUGAAAAUUCAUCAACUCAUCAUCAUUCACAAAUUGUACGUGAUGAUUCAAGACACACUGAUAGAAAUUCAUUAACUCAAGAUAAUCAAAGAUAUAAUCAAAGAAUUGAUAAACAUCAGCAACAAUCAUCAACUUCACGUCGUGAUUUUAAUCAUGAACAUUUAGAUAAUCGUCAAUCAAAUCGUCAACAACAACAAACAGUUACAAGACACUCAUUAAAUGGUCAAACAAGUACAGAAUUUAAACAAGCAAUGAAUGAAACAGUUAUUGAUAAAGUUAAUAUGGAAACAAUAAAAUCAAAUCAUCAUAGAAAAAAUAUAAUAUCAUCAUCAUCAACUGAUGUUAAUAAUUCUGUUUUACAUCGUCGUAGUGUUGCAUCUUCAAAUGAAGCACUUCAUACAAUAUCAUCAACAGCAGCAGCACAAAAAAAAAGUAUAUCAAAUAUUGCUGAAAGUGGACAGUAUAUAUCAAAUUCAUCACAAAGUUCAGAUCGUAAAAGUUUAACAUCAAUUCAUCGUAAUACAAAAGAUGUUAAUACAUAUGGAACAUCAACAUUAUCAUAUGAUAGACCACAACGUAUUAUUAGAAAAGAUAAUUUAACUGUUGGUGGUAAAUUUUAUUCAAAUAAUGAAGCAAAAUCAUAUGGUAAUUUUACGGGACAAAGAGUUGAACGUGUUCAUCGUCAAUCAAAUGUAUCACAUAUUAGUCUUGGUGAUAGUAGUAAUGUAACAUCUAGCAUGUAUAAAAAAGAAUAUAUUCCACGUGUUAGAGGACCAUGUCCAGCUGCAUUACUUGAAGCUAAACAAGCACCAUUUAAACAUACACGUGAUACACCUAAACAUAAAUUUUACAUGCCACUUGUUACAAACUAAGAUAUCAUUUUUAAUUUUAUAUUAACAACAAGUCCAAUUGGAUAUUGUGAUAUAUCAAUUUUGUAUCAUUAUUUUACUUUUUAUCUUUAUCAAUUAUUUUU